AUGUCCUCCACUCUCACCAUCAGCGAUUCGGCCCAGUUGGACGACAUUCUAUCCAACAACGCUCCUUUGCACGGCCUGCAAUCCGUCGUGAUCAACACCCCCACCUACUGCGCCUCAGUUCCGGGCAAUAUCGACGACCUAUCGAAUCUCAUUAAGCAGAAAACCUCACGCCCGGUCAUGGUCACAAUCAUUGCGAAUCCCCCUAGCCAGUAUCAGCCGUCAAUGCUGUCCGCCUUCCUCUUGUCUCUGCUCCACGCAGCUCCCAGUGGGGCCAUCAUCAUCAGGAUCGGAUACAGACAGACCGAAGCCGACAACUCCUGGCAGCACAGAACCCUUACGAUCCACAACUUCGGGGACAGAGACCCCGCCCAAGUGUACUUGAUGGAAAAGUGGCUUGAGGAUCUGUGGGCCUACGACCUUUCCCCUGUCAUGUCAGCCCAUUGGUGGAGAUGGGAGUUGAAGGAGCGGUAUGGAGGGAAAGAGACGGUGUUCAACAGCAAGGUGGAAUUGCAUGAUGAGCCGUGGCGGAUUGAAGUGAGCGCGGGAUCCAUGGUGACUCGACCUUAUUGGUGA